CUAUUUUCAAUUAAAACAAGUGCCAUGCAUUGUAACAGACAUCCUUAAUGCACCAUCUUUGUGUGUAUCAAAUACUUAAUACACUAUAACUAAACUAUUUCUAAAAACUUAAAAAAGUAAACAAGGGAGGCUGAUUAUGAAAGUUACAUCUACAGAUCGAUCUAUUACUUUGGUUAUUUCUUUAUAGUGGCUGACAUCAGGAGCAUUUGGUACCUUAUCACAAAAUGAGCAAUUGAGCAUGCGUGCACCACAUGUAUGGUGAAGAUGCAGAUGGAGAAUUUUAUUAUAACAAAUCAUUUUUUUCAAAACAAGAAAAGGUACUUAAUAAUGGAUACUUAGUGGUAUAAAUACAAGUACGUACACCUAAAUGGCCAAGCACCACAAAGUAGGUGGAUCAAAGCUUUCUUUUUCUAAGAAAAAGCGCUGGAGAGACAGACACCAAAGGAGAAAAAAAUGAAAAUGAUGCAAGACGAAAUCAGAAAGGGUCCAUGGACAGAACAGGAAGACAUUCUCCUGAUCAACUUUGUGCACUUAUUUGGAGAUCGACGAUGGGAUUUUAUUGCCAAAGUUUCAGGUUUGAAGGUGGCGGGAGGAAAAUAAUAGGUUUGAACAGAACUGGCAAAAGUUGCCGGUUGCGAUGGGUUAAUUAUCUGCACCCUGGUCUUAAAAGAGGGAAGAUGACUCCCCAAGAAGAGAGACUUGUGCUGGAACUUCAUGCCAAAUGGGGAAAUAGAUGGUCAAAAAUUGCUCGUAAAUUACCAGGACGAACUGAUAAUGAGAUAAAGAAUUAUUGGAGGACUCAUAUGCGAAAGAAGGCUCAAGCAAGGAAGAGGGCCAUGUCUCCAUCACAAUCAUCUUCCAACAGCUCCCCAACAUCAAAUAUUACUACUGUGAAUUCACCGCCUUUCCCAGAGACUGGAGAAGCAAGCUUUUACGACACUGGGGGGGCUGAUUCAUCACCUUCAGGAGAAAAAAAUAGCGAGGCAGUACAGGGAGGUGAAAAAGGUUACUCAAUGGAUGAUAUAUGGAAAGAUAUUGAAAACACUAUUGAACCAGUUUGUAAUGGGUUCAACGAAGAAGGUUGCAAUUUCACUUGUCCUUCACUUGUUUCUCCACCUUGGGAUUAUUGUCCAGAUACCCUAUGGAACAUGGAAGAAGAGAGUAAGAUGUUUGUUCCUUAUGAGUAUGGAGCACUGUUUCUAACUGGCUAAUCAGAAAUUCUUUAUUUUUACUUCUUCAUAGAUGUCAUGUUUCUUUGAGGAAGCUCUAACCUGUAUAGUUUGGGUUUUCUCUAAGCUUUCUGAUGUGUAAUCAUCCUAUGCAUAACCUAUGUUCUUGUGUUUUGUGUUUUUCACUUUUCAGAGAGAGAGAGAGAGAGAGAACCUUAUCAAAUCUCCUAUGAGGAGAUUUCUUAUGUUCAAUGAUGUAUAAUACAACUUUUAAGUUUUAAUGUUGGAAUGAAGCUGGUGCAAUGUUAGAAUCCCCAAA